CGUGGAGAGGGUUUGUGCAAACAUUUCCUCGCGCGGUGCCUGGAGGAAUGCAGGAGGCCGCCGCCUGUGGUCCAUCUUGGACUGUUCGAGAAACGCGCCCGCGCCUGUGAAUUCGCAGGGGGAGGAAGGUGAGGCCGGCGCCGGGCGAGGCAGCGCCCGGGAGAAGGAAAGCGGGAUCCCCCGCCCCGAGUCCACUUGCUGCCCAUGGACACCCCUGCUACUGCCCGGGGGGCCAGGCCUCCCCCUCCCUCCAGGAAGCGCUCUCCCCCGGCCCCUGCGAGGCCCAUGCUCGCCCUGCUGGUCCUGGUCUCCAUCAAGCAAGUUACAGGAUCCCUCCUUGAGGAAACAACUCGCAAGUGGGCUCAAUACAAAGAGAAGUGUCUGAGAGACCUGCUCAAGGAACCUUCUGGGACCUUUUGUAAUGGGACCUUUGAUCGAUACGUGUGCUGGCCUCAUUCUUCUCCAGGAAAUGUCUCCGUUCCCUGCCCUUCAUACUUACCUUGGUGGCGUGAAGAAAACUCAGGAAGGGCCUACAGAUACUGCUUGGCUUCGGGCACUUGGCAGACGCUGGAAAACUCCACAGAUAUUUGGCAGGAUGACUCCGAAUGCUCCAAGAACCACAGCUCCAACAGCAACGCGGAACACCAUGCCUUGCUGUCGACCUUGCAGCUGUUGUACACCGUGGGGUACUCCCUGUCCAUCGUCUCCCUCCUCCUGGCACUCACCCUCCUCUUGUUUCUCCGAAAACUCCACUGCACGCGCAACUACAUCCACAUGAACUUGUUUGCUUCUUUCAUCCUGAGAGCCCUAGCUGUGCUGGUGAAGGAUGCCAUUGUCUACAACUCUUACUCCAGGAGGCCCAACAGUGACAAAGAGUGGGUGUCCUACGUGUCGGAGAUCUCUGCCUCCUGCCGCUCAGCCCAGGUCCUGCUGCAUUACUUCGUGGGCGCCAAUUACUCAUGGUUGCUGGUCGAAGGCCUUUACCUCCACACACUGCUGGAGCCCACAGUGCUCUCAGAGAGGCGGCUGUGGCCCAGAUACAUGCUGGUGGGUUGGGCCUUCCCAGUGCUGUUUGUGGUACCCUGGAGUAUGGCCCGUGCACAGCUGGAGAACACAGGGUGCUGGGGAACCAACAAGAGUAAGAAAAUCUGGUGGAUCAUCAGAGGACCCAUGCUGCUUUGUGUAAUGGUCAAUUUCUUCAUCUUCCUGAAAAUCGUCAAGCUUCUCAUUUCUAAGCUCAAAGCCCAUCAAAUGUGCUUCAGAGAUUAUAAGUACAGAUUGGCAAAGUCAACACUGGUCCUCAUUCCUCUGCUGGGUGUUCAUGAGAUUCUCUUCUCUUUCGUCACUGAUGAUCAAGUAGAAGGAUUUUCAAAACUUAUACGACUCUUCAUUCAGCUGACUCUGAGCUCCUUCCAUGGAUUACUCGUGGCCCUGCAGUAUUGCUUUGCCAAUGGAGAGGUGAAGGCAGAGCUGCAGAAGCACUGGGUCCGCUUCCUGCUCGCCCGCCACUCGGGCUGCAGGGCCUGGGUCCUGGAGAAGAACUUCCGAUUCCUGGGAAAAUGUCCCAAGAAGCUGUCCCAGGCGGACGGCACGGGGACGCUCCAGAAGCUGCAGACCUCAUCGAGCGGCGAUGGGCAGCUCCUGCACCUGUCCGUGCACGGCCUCGGGGGGCGGGACGCCCGGGCCCCGCGGGGACACGCAGCCUGGCCAAGGGGCAGCAGCGUAUCCGAGAGCAGCGAGGGGGACUUCACCCUGACCCACACCAUGGAGGAGAUUCUCGAAGAGAGUGAGAUCUAGGCUGGAGGCCCACCGCCCCGGCUCUGCUCCCCGGUGGUAGGGGACGGUGCAGAGUCAUCAGUCUCCCCCACGCACCAUGCCCACUUUGGCAGGAAGUUCAUGCCCAGGUGUCUCAUGCUUCAGACCCGGCGUGGACGGUGCUCUGGAGGCUGAGCAGGGCCUGGGGGAUUAGGGUCAGGCUGAGUGACUGAGACCGCACAGCCGGGGGCGAAGGAAAACCACAGAAAGAACAUUCCAGGGAAACACGCGUUAACGCCUGGAAGUGUCGCUUUUAGAGUGUGCAAAAUGCAUGUGUGGGCGGGCGGGUCCGUUGCCAUGGGACUAGAUCCUGCCUUACAUCAGCGGGAGGGGAAGGUAGGGUACUCACAAGUCUGGCUGCCAGGUUUAGCAGUUAAAAUACAUAAUGCUCAAUUACGUUGGCAUUGCCGAUACAAGAAUAAUCUUAUUGUGGAAGUAUUUCCUGUGGGGUAUGCAUUAUCUGUAAUUUGAAUUAAGUCCUACGUGGGGGAAUUUCACCUGGAAACUCCAUGGUCAAGGACACGGCACUCCGGGGCAGGGACUAGCGUAAGGCAAGUGAGGAACUCGGUUUAGGUACCAGAUUUAAAAUAGCACCGGGAAAAAAAAAAACAAAACCCAUUGUUGAGAUAGGUAAUAUUUUUAACACAUUUUAAACACUAAAAUCCAUAAAGCUGCUGCAGAUGGGCCAUUUCUAAAGAUAACUUUUUAUUAGGACAAGGCCAGGGUGAGGGUUAAGACCAGCGAGGUGAGCUCAGGCAAAGGCAGAGUCUGAUCCUGACUUUAUUGAAAAUGUUGUUAUCUCACCCAUCAUGGACUUCUGGGCGUGAAUUUCUAUUUUUUCGAUGAUUCUGCCAAAAUAUGAUUUCUCUUGGUGAUUGUGUGUUUUGGCCCUCUCCCCGCCCCGAGUCCCAGCUCUGUUUUCCCAAAGGAGAAACUGAAGCAGAAGCAUUAGGCAAGUGCCUAACCAAACAAAGUUUUAUUUCGGUGCCCAGGUUAUCCCUCGUUAAAUCAUUAAAGAACGUGUCCUUCUAAUUUUUCCUUGUUUGCAAUGUCCCUGCCUUUUCCGGCCAGGUCCGUUAGCUCCUAGAGAUCUAGGGUCUUGCUGUGUUCUUAGUCUGCAUCCAGCAUAACGGGUCCAGAGUCAGUGCUCAGCACACACUCGUCAGUGACACAGGACAGAGAUGUCUUCGGGAACAUCUGAUGCUGUCCAGGGUCCAUUACCUGGCCUCAGAUAGGCGAUGGAAU